GGGGACCAGACGGAGUGUUUGAACGGUUUACCCGUGGUUGAGUUUGAUCGUCACUGCCCGUUCCGCGCGGCCUGUCGCGUCUUGUGUUUUUUGCUGGCGGCACGAAACGGUCCGGGGCUGGAAAAGGGUGAAUGCGUGUUCGCUUUUUCCGAAACAAGCGAGAUCACAAGCACCGUCCGACCGCCAUCAGGAUCAAGAUCAACACUCAAACCAAGCUCUGCAGAAAUAGCUUCGUGUGAACUAUCUUUGCAAGUUCAGUUGGAACAGGUUGGAACUCUCAUCGUCGUCACGAUGAUAUGGGCGUUCUCGAUCCGUCGCGGCUUCCGGGACUUUGUGUGCCUGGUGCAUUGAGACAAAACGUUCCAUAAUGUUGAACAGGUCACGAUGGACUCCUCUUUGGUACGAAAGUUCCGAGGCUUGUCCGAUAAAAACUAGCGAUAAUCUCCGGCAAGCUCUUGAGUGGGCGUGGUUGUAAACGGUAAAGGGGUUAUUUGAAAGAAUAACGGAAGCAUGUGCUUUUUAGCCAAGCAGGUAAUGAAUCCUCAUGAAGUUUGACUUUGAAUUGACC